GAUAGGAUGAUGGGGGAGAAGAGGGCGAUCCAGAUGACGAAGACGGGUGUGGAGUAGACAGAUGGAGGAGGACUAGCUGCAGCUGAUGAGGAAGCUGGGGCCGUCAAUGCAGCACCCUACGGCGUCGUCGGGUGCUUGUCUGCACGGACCCUUUGGACGUCAGCGAUGGCCUUCUGCCAGACAUCGUCGAGACGUAUCCUCAAUCUUGGUACUUGCCACCGGUGUGGAGAGAGGGGCCUUCAACAGUCGCUAUGGAGACUUGCUCACACCUUGCCUUGCCAAAGGACCGUCAGCGACCUGCCCUUUCAUCGCAACUCUCACCUCAGCUUUCAGCCAGGGGAAACCGCGCAGCGGCGCGCCGGAGGGAUCCGCUGCUCUCUGCAACCUGUUACUCAAGGAGAAAAGGGAGGCUGCGCCGCACAGAAGGCGAAAUACUGCCACAGAACAAAACGGGCUUUGCGGGGAUUAAAAGCGACAAGCAGACGGCAGCUUCGCUCCAAGUGCUACCUGACGGAAAGUCAGGGAUCAUGACAGCGCUCGCAGGAGGUUUAACGAGAAUGAUGAGACCGACUCCUCACCAGAACUACCCGCGGGGAGGAUACUCUCUGGAAGUGUCCACGCCGCUGGGACAGGGUCGGGUCAACCAGCUCGGCGGUGUCUUCAUAAACGGCAGACCUCUCCCCAACCAUAUCCGCCAUAAAAUCGUGGAGAUGGCGCAUCACGGUGUCCGGCCGUGUGUCAUCUCCCGUCAGCUGCGGGUGUCCCACGGCUGCGUCUCCAAAAUCCUCUGCCGGUACCAGGAGACAGGCUCCAUCAGGCCGGGGGCCAUCGGAGGCAGCAAGCCAAAGCAAACUGCUUCUCCGGAGGUGGACAAGAAAAUCGAGGAGUACAAGAGAGAAAACCCGGGCAUGUUCAGCUGGGAGAUCAGGGACAAACUGCUGAAAGACGGAGUGUGCGACAGGAACAGCGUUCCCUCAGUGAGCGCAAUCAGUCGCGUCAUGCGCUCUAAAUUCGGCGGGGUCGGUGACGAUGAGGAGGACGAUGAUGAAGUGGUGAAGAGGGAGAUGGAGGAAAGCGAACCGCGGACGAAACACAGCAUCGAUGGCAUCCUGGGAGACAGAUCCAGUCACUCGGACGAGGGCUCCGACGUGGACUCAGAGCCGGGCCUGCCCCUGAAGAGGAAGCAGCGUCGCAGUCGGACCACCUUCACGGCGGAGCAGCUGGAGGAGCUGGAGAGGGCCUUCGAACGCACGCACUACCCCGACAUCUACACGCGGGAGGAGCUGGCUCAGCGGGCCAAACUGACGGAGGCUCGGGUUCAGGUGUGGUUCAGCAACAGAAGAGCCCGGUGGAGGAAGCAAGCAGGCGCCAGUCAACUGAUGGCGUUUAACCACCUCAUCCCCGGCGGUUUCCCUCCAUCAGCCAUGUCAGGCCUGCAGCCCUAUCAGCUGUCCGACAGCCCCUACACUCCUACUUCUAUAGCUCAAGCAUCCGAGCAGCCCAGUACGGUCCACCGGCCGCAGCCCCUGCCCCCCACCUCCGUGCACCAGAGCGGGCUCAGCUCGUCAGCAGGCUCCCAGGAUGGGAGCUCUGCGUACUGCCUGUCCUCAGGGCGUCACGGCUUCUCAGGAUACUCGGACAGCUUUGUGGCCCCGACGGGACACACCAACACUGUCAACCCCACCAUCAGCAACAGCCUCUCACCACAGGUAAUGGGUCUGCUGAACCCAGGCGGAGUGCCACAUCAGUCCCAGAGCGACUUUGCCCUCUCCCCGCUGACCGGAGGCCUGGAGCCGAACGGCGGCAUGGCUGCCAGCUGUCAUGGUUCCCAGCGCCUGGAGGCUCUACCAGGCCUUACCAGUAUGCCCACCCUGCCUAGCACCCAGUCUUACUGCCCACCUUCCUACUCCUCCCCAGCCUACGGCAUGGACCACCAUCCAUCCUACCAGUACGGACAGUACAGUCAGAGCAAGGUGCCUUUCAUUAUAUGAAGCCCGGAACAGGAGGCUUCCCGGCCAGUCUGACAUUCAUCGCCAGAGAACACCCCCAGCCCC